AUGGGACUUUCAUGCGCAGCUCCCUCGCGCAACUACUGCUACUGGGCAUGCGCGCGACCACAGGCUCAAAUCAAAGGUACCACAUUAAUUGAUUUUAACAAAAACAAAUACAGUACUUCAAAGCUGGAAGUGGACCAGACGAAGGUGACAGGAAGUCCAGUUUCCAGUACUCGAGUAUGGAAAAAAAGGAAAAUAUUUCAAGAAUCUUGGAAACAUGAACCUGAGUUUUCUGGAUGGGUGAAAAGAGUUGAUAAGUAUCCAAAUCAUGUGUUUUGUUGUGCAUGUAAUAAGCAGAUUGCCGCUGGGAAAUCUGAGCUUCGGAAGCGUGCCGAGACUGAUAGGCAUAGAGAUAAUAUGUUGAAGCCCAAUUUCAUCCCCGGGGGUCCAAAAUUAAUUGAUAAAGGGAAUGCUCCCGAGGAAGAUUCCAGUAGUGUUGCAUUGGCCCAUCAAAAAGCAGUUAAAACCGCGGAAAUCCUAUUGGCUAAUUGCAUUGCAGAGCGUAAUGUUUUUCCUGUAAUGAAACGAUCAUUUCCGGAUAGUAUAAUAGCGCAAGAUUGUUCUAUGAAACGUACAAAGUGUGGUACACUUCGCGACUUUCCCCAAAAUAUUUGCAUCAUUGCCAAUAUUUUGGGUAAAGUCGCGAACGAUAAUCUCGUGAAAAUUUUAAGGAUAAAUAAGUUUUCAAUUCUUGCAGACGAAACAACAGAUAUUUCGAAAAAGAAAGUUUUUCGUGUUCUCGCGCGAUAUGUUUCUCCUGACAGCGGUAAUGUUCACACGGAAUUAUUAGAUCUUCUCGAACUGGAUCCAACGGAUGGUUCAGCAGAAAAAAUUUAUAAUUCGCUUCAAUUAUCUUGACGCGAAAAACAAAUUCCUUUGCAGAAUAUCGUGGGCUUGGCCUGUGAUAAUGCGAGUGUUAUGGUCGGUGUUAGAAAUUCCUUCGCACAGCGAUUGAAAUUAGAGGUUCCGAAUUUGAUUUUGAUGAAUUGCAUUUGCCAUUCAUCCGGGAUCGU